CCCAAGAUGCAGGCAGACUCCCUUCUUCACAGCGGCUACUUCCACCCUGUGCUACGCUCCUGGCAGUGUACGGCAACCACCUUCGAUGCCUCCAACCUCAUCUACCCCAUUUUUGUCACUGACAGCCCUGAUGCAGUGGAGCCAAUCCCCAGCCUCCCUGGACAAGCCAGGUACGGAGUCAACAAGCUGGAGGGGAUGCUGCGUCCCCUCAUCGAAGAUGGUCUGAAGUGUGUGCUCAUCUUUGGGGUGCCCAGCAAGGUCCACAAGGAUGAGAGAGGCUCUGCUGCUGAUGCAGAGGACACACCUGCCAUCCAGGCAAUCAAGAAGAUCCGCUCCACCUUCCCAGAGCUGCUCAUAGCCUGUGAUGUCUGCUUGUGCCCUUACACCUCCCACGGGCACUGUGGCAUCUUGCGUGAAGACGGCACCAUCCAGAACGAGAUCAGCUGCCUGCGGCUGGCAGAAGUGGCGCUGGCCUAUGCCAGAGCAGGCUGCCACAUCGUUGCCCCCUCAGAUAUGAUGGAUGGGCGCAUCGCAGCCAUGAAGAAGGCACUGAUCUCCAAUGACUUGGGCAACAAGGUCUCAGUGAUGAGCUACAGCGCCAAGUUUGCUUCAUGCUUCUAUGGCCCCUUCAGGGAUGCUGCGCUAUCCAAACCCGCCUUUGGAGAUAGGCGAUGCUACCAGCUGCCCCCGGGCGCCAGGGGCCUGGCGAUGCGCGCUGUG